AUGGCGAUGCUUAAUGUUCUUGCGUCGCAGCUGCUUCCGCUCCUAGUGGGAAGCGCGGUGGUACCAGGGGCGGCAAGGGUGGCAGGGGUGGUGGAGGUGGCGGUGGAGGGAGCGGUGGUGGAGGCGGCGGGGGUGGUGGAGGCCCUUACACCAACAGUGGAGGUGGUGGGGGUGGUCGUGGGGGUGGAGGAGGUGGGUGGGGCGGCGGUGGGACCGGGAGCGGUGGAGGUGGCAGCGGCGGUAGUGGGGGAGGAGGCAGCGGUGGUGGUGGUGGAGGUGGGGGGCGGGAGUGGGACUGGCCAGAAGGGGAGCUCCAGCGGUGGCCAGCAGCAGCAGCAGCAGCAGCAGCCAGACCCCCUCUUCUCAGCAGCUCCAUGA